AUGGCCAUGGAUGCUGCGAUGCACCAGUUUGAAGAGACUGUAUGUGAGCUUGUGGAAGACCACUACUCAGAACUGAGCUUACUUCUGAAGCAACUACUCAAAGAUGUCUCUAUCUCACGUGCCAUACGAGAUGGCAGUACAGAGCCAGGAUUCAUCAUAGACAGUCCAGAAGCCUCAUUAAUGCCUACUAAAUCCCAAAGUCAGCUCCCUCCCCUCAACCGGACAAAGCUGACUGAAAAGACUGAGAACUGUCAGAGGGGUAAUCUAACGGUGCCGCAAACUACUAGCAGCUCACAACAUUACCAUAUGACGGCGGAAAAUAUGCCAUCGGCAAUGACGGACAUUCAGGCAGGAGAGAUCGCAUCUCCUCGUAGCCCAUGCGGCAAACGAACCCCUGUUAAGACAAGAACACUGGACUCAGCGGAACCCAGAGAUACAGAGGCGAACACUUAUGAGGCUUUCUUUAAGUUGACAGAUGUUCCUACUACUCCUAUGUCUUCUAAACAACCUCAGCAACAAUGCUCUCCUGCGCUCUCCUCAGAUAAUGAAAAUGAAGAGUUAUCUGAUUCCAUCCAGAUCUCCAAGCCUUUCCUGACCUUUAUACUUUCUAAACAAGAUUUUAAUAAUCUUCUUGUUCAAGUUCGGCAAUGUAUAAAAGAAGAAAUUUCUGAAAUCACUGAGAUAGGAAACAGGGUAGAAUACUUAGAACAGGAAAAUGAAACAAACCAAACUGAACUAGUCAAUGUUCAACAACACGUACAAGGACAAGACUUGAUCAUACUCCAAUUGCAAGGUAACAAGAAUACUCCAAACUGGUGCUGCUUCUACUUUGUUACUAUAGAUGACAACCAACCCUGGUCCCAACAAAUUCUAGAAGCUCAUAUCACUGUUCUACCAAAGGCAGAUAAAGAUCCGACCAAAGCAGAAAAUUUCCGACCCAUAUCGCUACUUAACACAGACAUAAAAUUAUAUGCUAAGACCCUGUCCUCUCGUCUUAAUAAAAUUCUCCCCCAGCUUAUACACCCCGAUCAAUCGGGAUUCAUACCCAAGCGUGAGGCAUGUGACAAUACAGUUAGGGUCAUACAUCUGGUGGAACAUGUCAGCUGGUCGAAACAGUCUGCAAUUUUAAUCUCUACAGAUGCUGAGAAAGCUUUGGACUGGCUGGACUGGAAAUUUUUAAAAAUAUGUUUGUCUGCCUUCGCUUCUUAUUCCAGUGGACGUGGUUGCAGUCUGGAUGGCUCAGAUCUGAUAGGAAUUUUCCAAGAUGGAGACAUUUUGGUUGGGGCUGUGUUACCUCUUCACAUUGCCAAAAUAUAUCCAAAAAUGUCAUACAAAGAGAAACCUGGAAAUGUUAUUUGUAGAAUGUUUCCGGUAGAGAAUUACUUACAACUACAUUCCAUGAGGUUUGCCAUAGAGGAGAUUAACAAUAAUCCAGAAUUACUCCCCAAUACAACACUGGGCUUUAAGAUUUAUGAUUCGUGUUCUUUGCUGCAAAGAGAGUUGGAGGGAACUCUUUGGAUGGUAACUGGGCAGAAUAAAGCUAUAGCCAAUUUCCAGUGCCAAGAAAAAGAACAAAUGGCUGCCAUUAUUGGACACUCUAUCUCCACUUACUCUAUUCUAAUGGCCCAUAUCCUAGGACUAGCAAGAUACCCACAUAUAAGCCACUUCUCAACCAGUUCUUUGUUAAGUGAUCGGACACAGUUUAAAUCUUUUUUCAGGACUGUUCCCAGUGACACUUUCCAGUCCCAAGGACUGGCCCAGUUGGUGCUGCAUUUUGGAUGGACUUGGGUAGGACUUGUGUCUGUUGAUAAUGAUUAUGGUCAACAAGGUAUUCAGGUCAUCAGACGAGAGAUCCAAAAAGCUGGUGCUUGUGUGGCUUUUACAGAGUACAUUCAGAUUAGUCGGCCUGUCCGUAACAUCCCAUACAUUGUUAAUGUUAUUAAAGAGUCAACUGCUAAGGCUGUAGUAGUUUUUUCUACUGACCUCAGCUUGAUCCCCCUUUUUGAUGAGAUUUUGAAACAGAAUGUUACUGGGAGGAUAUGGAUAGCUAGUGAAGCUUGGGCCUCUUCUGCAUAUUUGUCUACUGAAAAAUACUCUAGAAUCCUUGAAGGAACCAUAGGUUUUGCAUUCCACAGUGAGACAAUGCCUGGUUUCUAUGAUUUCAUUGGGCAAAUUAAGCCAUAUGACUCACCAGGAGAGGCAUGGACAAAAAUGUUCUUAGAAGAAACUGUCGGAUGUGCACUUUUUGAAUUUCAAAAUUACCCAUUAAUUUGGGACAGGCCAAAAAUAAAUUGCACAGAUGUAGCAGUAAACUUACAAAGUAUAUUGAAAAAUUCACCCAACAUAAGAAUUUCAUAUAACUUAUACAGUGGUAUGUAUGUUAUAGCCAAAGCAUUGCAUGACCUGAGUCUUUGCAAAAUAGGAAAAGGACCAUUUUCUAAUAACAGCUGUUCGAGCCUAUGGGAUUUCAAACCAUGGCAGCUUUUAUACUACAUGCAGAAAGUGAGAGUGAGGCUGAGCAGUGGAAGGCAGAUCUAUUUUGAUGAAAAUGGAGACCCUCCUGCUGUGUAUGAUAUUGUGCAUUGGAAGCUGGAUCCAGAAGGUAAACUGAAGCUAAUUAAUGUGGGAAGUUAUGACACAUCAGCAACUGAUGGAAAAACAUUGAACAUCAAUAUCAGUGCCAUGUUGUGGAAUACUGGAGACCAAAAGGUUCAGCAUCUGAUUGAAGUAGAAAGCUGUUUUACCAGUGACAGGGAUGUUACCCCUCGUUCUGUAUGCAGUGAGAAAUGUCUGAUGGGUUUUAGGAAGGCAGUUAUAAAAGGAGUGCCUGCCUGCUGCUUUAAUUGUGUCCCGUGUGCCCAAGGAGAAAUUGCCAAUCAAACAGAAUGCUAUAAGUGUCCAUGGAAUUCCUGGCCUAAUUACCAAAAAGACAAAUGCCUUCCAAAAUCCAUUGAAUACCUAUCUUAUGAAGAACCAUUGGGUAUUACUCUGGCUGGAAUAAGUGUAACAUCUUCCAUAAUUCCUGUAGCUGUUCUAGCACUACUGAUCCAAUACAAGACCACACCUAUUGUUCGAGCAAACAAUUAUAUCCUAAGUUGUCUUCUCCUAGUCUCAUUGACACUUUGCUUCUUGUGCUCAUUGUGUUUCAUUGGCUAUCCCAACCCUGAGAAAUGUCUCCUGCGCCAGACGGCAUUUGGUGUAGCCUUUGCCUUCUGUGUUACAUGUAUAUUGGCAAAAACCAUCAUGGUAGUGAUUGCUUUUAAGGCUACUAAACCACACAGUGUCUUGAAGAAAUUGACUAGUCCAUGGUUUUCAUAUCUGAUAAUUGGGUUGAGCACUUUGCUACAGUUUGUGAUGUGUAUUAUAUGGAUAGCUCUCUAUCCUCCCUUUCCUUUCUACAAUUCAAAGACAGAAUCUUCAGUUAUUAUACUUGAAUGCAAUGAAGGCUCUUCCAUGGCUUUCUGGUGCAUUUUAGGAUAUCUGAGCUUUCUGGCUACUAUAAGCUUUUUAGUUGCCUUCCUUACUAGAAAGCUCCCAGACAGCUUCAAUGAAGCUAAAUUCAUUACAUUCAGUAUGUUGGCCUUCCUUACUGUUUGGGGAUCUUUUAUUCCAGCAUAUCUCAGUACCACUGGAAAAUAUAUGGUUGCCAUGGAGGUCUUUGCAAUUUUGUCGUCAAGCUGGGCCAUGCUUUCUUGUAUGUUUGCUUCUAAGUGUUAUAUUAUUUUAUUCCAACCCAAAAUGAAUUCAAGACAACAUCUUAUGGGGAGGACAAAAACUCACACAAUGCAAAAAUAA